GAACAACCUGAAAGAAUGACAUACACAGAACAGGCCAAUAAAAGGGCUCAGUGUGGAAGGCUAACAUGCUUUAUUCGUCUUGCUGAUUAUCUUAUAGUAAAUACUAUGCACGUCUUGGCAGUUAAAUCUGUUGCUACUCUCUUGUAUUACCUUACUGAGAAGCUGAAGAAAACACCACUUGCAGAUAUUAUCCAAACAUGGAAUACAGAUUUAGAAGCACCUGAAGUUGUGGAAAAGAAGGGAACUUCUUCAGUAAUUGCAGAGGAAGAGGAGACAUCCAUUCCAAUGUUUCUUGUUGAGCUAAUUUUAGAGAUCCAUGCAUUGCUGUUUGAACCAACUGUAGAAGAGUUCCAGGAUGCUAUGGCAGAUAUUGUGUCUCAGUUUCAGGCAACUGUGUUAUCUGUUGCAAACCUUGUUCCAGAUCAGUAUUUUGAUGCCUUCACUCGACCUGUUAUUAACAACAAAAUUGAAGAAAAAACAUGUGGUGAAGGACCAAGUUUAUCAACAAUGUUUAAAGAUGAUAAACAUCUUCAAACUAUUAUCCUACAAAUAAAGGAAACAAUUGAUUCAGCAUUUGAAUCAGCAAAUUUAUAUGCAGCUACUUUUGAAAAGUUUCGAUUAUUUUUCAGAGAAAAUGAAAGCCUUGAUUUGCCAGGUCUGAGGAAAGAAGAACCUGAUGUUAAAUUUUUUGCUGAACAACUGGAGAAAUAUCACAGACAACACAAAGAAGCUUUGGCAAUAAAACAAAAGAGAUCAUUAGGUUUGUUCCUCAUAGAUGCUAAAAAGUUGAAAGACAAACUAAUUCCAUCACCAAAGCGCUGUUUGGAGGUUAUUAAUGAGAUGCUUCCUGUCAUUGCAAAGAAAAAAGUGAACACCAUUCUUGUUGAGGCAAAUGAUGCUAAAUUUAAACUUGAGUUUUUGCCAAGUACAACUACUGAAUAUGUGCUUACUUUGACAUUCCUUGAUGAAAUACAAGAUAGAAUUGAAAUUCUUGAAGAUGAAUCAAAAGUGGUUUCUAAGAUGUAUCAGCUUAUUGAGCAGUAUGUUAUACCCACGCCUCCUGAAGAUUUUGCUUUGUUUUCAAGUUUGAAGCCCUCUAUUGUUGCUGUUCGCAAUGCAAUUGAUAAAUCUGUGGGUGAAAGAGAUGCCAGCAUUAUUAAAUUCUGCCAGCUUCUAGAUGAAGAUGUUCAUGAUCUGAAUGAAGAAGUUAAAGAAGUUAGACUCCUAGCACAGGAUCCUCAGAUUUUGGAUGCAGAUGCUGAUCAAGACAAAGUGAAAGUAAUUCUAAGUGAGUUGCAGGCCAUUCUUGAUGAAAUACAAAAGCGGGCAUUCCAGUAUAAAUCCUAUCAGAAAAACUUCAAGGUGGACAUAACAAAAUUUGAUACCUUGGAGGAAGUUUGUGCAGAGUUGAAGUUGAAACAACUGUUGUGGGACUCUCUUUCUGAAUGGUCAAUACUUGAGGAAGAGUGGAUGGAGUCUAAAUUUGAUAGCUUGGAUCCAGAAUUAUUGAAUGGUCAAGUUUCCAAAUAUGCUAAAUUUGUGAAUCAGCUGGAAAAAGGCUUGCCACCUAAUAAUGUUGUCCCACAACUCAAGGAGAAGGUGGAGAAAAUGAAAGAAAAGCUUCCAGUUAUCACAGAUCUUAGAAAUCCUUUUUUGAAACCCAGACACUGGAUAACUCUGGAACAAAUAGUUGGUGCACCAUUAACAGACCUGGAAAAUCCAUUAACCUUGGAGCGACUUACUCAGAUCAGUGCUUUUGAAUAUACUCAGGAGAUUCAGGAUGUUUCUGGCCAAGCUUCUGGAGAAGCUUCUCUGGAGAUUAUUCUCAAAAAGGUGGAAGAUGCCUGGAAAACAACAGAAUUCGUUGUAAUUCCUCAUCGUGAUUCAAAAGAUGUUUUCAUCCUUGGUGGCACAGAUGACAUUCAGGUUAUUCUAGAUGAUAGUACUAUUAAUGUAGCAACAAUUGCUUCUUCACGGUACGUAGGCCCUCUCAAACCACGAGUUGAUGAAUGGCAGAAGCAGCUCUCUUUAUUCAAUCAGACAUUGGAGGAAUGGCUGACAUGUCAGAGGAAUUGGCUCUAUUUAGAAAGCAUUUUCAGUGCUCCUGAUAUUCAAAGACAGUUGCCGGCAGAAGCCAAAAUGUUUUUACAAGUAGAUAAGUCUUGGAAGGAAGUUAUGAGAAAAGUGAAUCGACUGCCUAACGCCCUCCGUGCUGCUACUCAGCCUGGCCUUUUAGAGACCUUUCAGAAUAAUAAUGCUCUUCUUGAUCAGAUUCAGAAGUGUCUGGAGGCCUAUUUGGAAUCCAAGAGAGUCAUUUUCCCAAGGUUCUACUUUUUAUCGAAUGAUGAGCUCUUGGAAAUAUUGGCCCAAACUCGCAAUCCUCAAGCAGUUCAGCCUCAUUUAAGGAAAUGUUUUGAUUCCAUUUCUAAACUGGAGUUUGCCUACAUGGCACCAGCUGAGGGAGAAGAGAAAGUUCUCACAAAUGACAUUCUAGCAAUGCUGUCCCCCGAAGGUGAAAGGGUUGGCUUGGGAAAAGGACUUAAAGCCAGAGGAAAUGUUGAAGACUGGCUUGGUAAAGUUGAAGAAGCAAUGUUUACUUCCCUUAGACGACUGAGCAAAGCUGCCAUUGCCGAUUAUCAAACAAGAGAAAGAACGGAGUGGGUUGUUGCUGGACAUCCUUCUCAGGUUGUACUGACCAUUUCUCAACUCAUGUGGUGUCGUGAUCUCACUCAGUGUUUAGAAGGAGAAGAUCAUGAUCAUUUAGUAGCUUUGGAAGAGUUUGAAAAUGAGAAUUUUGAUAGACUAAAUGCAUUGGCUUCACUAGUCCGUGGCAUUCUUCCCAAAAUUCACCGAAAUAUCAUAACGGCACUGAUUACUAUUGAUGUACAUGCAAGGGACAUUGUUACAGAACUUGUUAAACAAAAGGUGGAUUCUGUGGACAAUUUUGACUGGCAAAGACAACUGCGCUACUAUUGGGAUCUCGAUUUAGAUAACUGUGUGGCAAGAAUGGCUUUAUCUCAAUAUACCUAUGCCUAUGAAUACUUGGGUGCAUGUCCAAGAUUAGUGAUAACGCCACUCACGGAUCGUUGCUAUCUUUGCCUGAUGGGAGCCUUGCAGCUUGACCUAGGGGGAGCUCCGGCUGGACCUGCUGGCACUGGAAAAACAGAGACCACUAAAGAUCUUGCAAAAGCACUGGCCAUCCAGUGUGUGGUGUUCAACUGUUCAGAUGGCUUGGAUUACAAGAUGAUGGGGCGUUUCUUCAGUGGUUUGGCACAGUCUGGAGCAUGGUGCUGCUUUGAUGAAUUCAAUCGAAUCGAUAUUGAAGUUCUGUCUGUUAUUGCCCAACAACUGAUUACAAUAAGGAAUGCUAAGGCAGCAAAGGUCACUCGGUUUAUGUUUGAAGGACGUGAAAUCAAAUUAAUUAUGACUUGUGCUGCUUUUAUUACUAUGAAUCCUGGCUAUGCUGGACGAACUGAGUUACCUGACAAUCUAAAAGCACUCUUCAGGCCAUUUUCUAUGAUGGUUCCAAACUAUGCUUUGAUUGCAGAGGUUAUUCUGUAUUCUGAAGGAUUUGAAUCAAGUAAAAUACUUGCAAGGAAGAUGACUCAGAUGUAUAAACUCUGUAGUGAACAGCUUUCCCAACAAGACCACUAUGAUUUUGGAAUGAGAGCUGUCAAAUCUGUGUUGGUCAUGGCAGGAUCACUAAAAAGAGAGCAUCCAAACCUGAAUGAAGAAGUUGUUUUAAUAAGAGCAUUACGAGAUUCAAAUCUCCCAAAAUUUCUUGCAGAUGAUGCUCUUUUGUUCAGUGGAAUUAUAUCUGACCUUUUCCCUGGAGUCAUAAUCCCAGAACAUAAUUAUGGAGUGCUGCAGUCAACAAUAGUAGAUAUCAUUCUUUCCAAAGGAUUGCAGACCGAAGCUACCAUGAUUCGUAAAGUGAUUCAGCUGUACGAAACUAUGCUGGUAAGGCAUGGGGUCAUGCUUGUUGGACCAACAGGAGGUGGAAAAACUACAGUUUACCAAAUUUUGGCAGAUACACUUGGAGCUUUACAUAAAGCAGGUGAGGACUAUCAUUUUUUCCAGCCAGUUAAAACAUACGUUCUGAAUCCUAAAUCAAUAACUAUGGGGGAGCUAUAUGGUGAAGUUAACAAUUUAACCCUGGAAUGGAAAGAUGGCUUAAUGGCCCUUAGUGUGCGAGCUGCUGUGGUCGACACCUCUGAAGAUCAUAAAUGGAUCAUCAGUGAUGGACCUGUGGAUGCACUAUGGAUCGAAAAUCUGAACACGGUUCUAGAUGACAACAAGAUGCUUUGUUUGGCUAACAGUGAAAGAAUCAAACUCACGCCAUCCAUCCAUAUGAUGUUUGAGGUAGAAGACUUAAGAGUUGCUUCACCUGCCACAGUAAGCCGAUGUGGAAUGGUAUACAUUGAUCCAGAGGAAUUGAAGUGGAUGCCCUAUGUAAAAACAUGGAUGGCAGGCCUUGAAGAAAAACUCAAUGAAGAAACAAGAACAUAUUUGUUUGAACUCUUUUCCCGUUAUGUUGAAGAUGGUUUAAAAUAUAUUCACAAAAAGUGUUCCCAAGCCAUAAGACAAGUGGACAUCAGUAAAGUUGUUACUCUUUGCUGUUUACUGGAGUCAUUACUUCUUGGAAAGGCAGGACCCAGCAUGAACUUGGAACAAUCACGGUUAAAUUCUCUUGUGUGCCAGACCUUUGUCUUCUGUUAUUUGUGGUCUGUAGGUGGAAAUGUAAUGGAGAACUGUUGGGAUGCUUUUGAUACAUUUGUAAGACAGCAAUUUGAGGAUAACCCUGAUGCCAAGCUCCCAACUUCUGGUGAUUUGUGGAGUGUUUACAUUGAUUAUGAUACAAGGCGCUUGGAUCCUUGGGAGCGAAUUAUACCAACCUUUAAAUACAAAAGGACAGUUCCAUUUUUUGAAAUGCUUGUUCCUACGACUGACACUGUACGCUAUGGCUUUCUAAUGGAAAAAUUGUUAGCUGUCAAACAUUCCGUGCUCUUCACAGGAAUUACUGGAGUUGGCAAGUCUGUAGUUGCAAAGUCACUGCUUAACAAAAUACAAGAUGAAGCCGGCUAUGUUCCUGUUUACUUAAAUUUCUCUGCUCAGACUUCUUCAUCCAGGACACAAGAGAUUAUAGAAUCAAAAUUAGAAAAAAAAAGAAAAAACAUUUUAGGGGCACCAGGGAAAAAAAGAGUGGUCAUUUUUGUGGAUGAUUUAAACAUGCCGAAACUGGAUCGUUAUGGCUCACAGCCCCCUAUUGAACUACUUAGACAGUACCAAGACUUUGGAGGAUUCUAUGACCGAGAUAAGCUGUUUUGGAAGGAAAUCCAUGACGUAACUAUUUGUUCAGCUUGCGCACCUCCUGGUGGUGGACGUAAUCCAGUUACCGCACGUUUCAUAAGACAUUUUGCUAUGCUGUGCCUUCCAACGCCUUCUGAACAUAGCCUUAAACAAAUUUUUCAGGCAAUUCUGAAAGGCUUCCUAGCUGAAUUUGCCCAAGUAGUAAAGCAGUGUGCAAGUAGUAUAGUGGAGGCUGCUGUUGAAAUAUAUCAAAGAAUGAGCAUUGAUCUGCUCCCAACACCAGCAAAAUCUCAUUAUGUAUUUAAUUUACGUGAUUUGUCAAAAUGUGUCCAAGGCAUACUGCAGUGUGAUCCUGUGUCAGUUCGAGACCAGAAUCAGAUAUUUAGACUAUUCUGUCAUGAGUGUCAGAGAAUUUUUCAUGACCGCCUCAUCUGCAAUGAAGAUAAACAAUAUUUUUAUUCUAUGUUAAGCGACAUGGCCAGCAAAUAUUUUGGAGUUUCAACUGACCCAGAUUCAUUUGCAUCCAAACCUAUCUUAUUUGGAGAUUACAUUAAGAUUGGAAUAGAAAAAGCUGAACGAAUUUAUGAAGAAUUACCUGACAUGGAAAAGAUUAUUGGAGUUUUACAAGACUAUCUUGAUGAUUAUAAUAUAACAAGCUCUAAAGAGGUCAAGCUGGUAUUUUUCCAAGAUGCAGUAGAGCAUGUUUCAAGAAUUGCUCGGAUGAUUCGUCAGGAAAGAGGAAAUUCCCUCCUGGUUGGUGUUGGAGGCACAGGAAAGCAGUCUCUGACUAGACUUGCCUCUCACAUUUGUGGCUAUAAAUGCUUUCAAAUAGAACUAAGUCGUGGCUAUAAUUAUGAUUCUUUUCAUGAAGACCUUAGAAAGCUAUACAAAAUGGCAGGGGUGGAAGACAAAGACAUGGUUUUCCUUUUCACAGACACCCAGAUAGUUGUAGAAGAAUUCCUAGAAGAUAUAAAUAAUAUUUUGAAUUCUGGAGAGGUACCUAAUCUGUUUGAAAAGGAUGAACUGGAGUUUGUCAUGGCAGCUACUCGACCCAAGGCAAAAGAAGUAGGAAUAGCAGAGGGCAACAGAGAUGAGGUAUUUCAGUAUUUCAUUAGUCGAGUCCGACAGAAGCUGCACAUUGUCCUGUGUAUGAGUCCUGUUGGAGAUGCUUUCCGAGCACGGUGCCGAAUGUUUCCCUCCCUUGUGAACUGCUGCACUAUUGACUGGUUUGUGCAGUGGCCAAAAGAAGCACUUCUUUCUGUAUCAAGAACUUUUUUUAUGCAUGUUGAUCUCGGAACUGAUCGAAUGAAAGAGAAACUUUCUGUAAUGUGUGUAGACAUCCAUAUGAGUGUUACAGAGAUGGCAGAGCAGUAUUAUGCAGAGCUCCGGCGACGCUACUAUACAACACCAACUUCCUAUUUAGAGUUAAUCAAUCUUUAUUUGUCCAUGCUUGCUGAAAAAAGGAAGCAACUGGUUUCAGCUCGGGAUCGGGUAAAGAAUGGUUUAUCCAAACUGUUAGAGACAAAUGUACUUGUUGACAAAAUGAAAUUAGAUCUUUCUGCUUUAGAACCAGUUCUCAAGGAGAAAUCAGUGGAUGUUGAGGCCUUGAUGGAAAAAUUAGCAGUCGAUCAAGAAAACGCUGAUCAGGUUCGGCGUGUUGUUCAGGAAGAUGAAGCUGUUGCAAAAGUAAAAGCAGAGGAAACUCAGGCAAUAGCUGAUGAUGCCCAGCGAGAUUUGGAUGAAGCCCUUCCAGCUUUAGAAGCUGCCAACAAAGCCUUAGAUUCUUUAGAUAAGGCAGAUAUUUCUGAAAUCAGAGUUUUCACUAAACCUCCUGAUCUUGUCAUGACCGUGAUGGAAGCUAUUUGUAUUCUUUUAAAUGCAAAGCCUGACUGGGCAACAGCAAAACAACUACUCAGUGAUUCCGCUUUCCUGAGGAAGCUUCUAGAAUAUGAUAAAGAAAAUAUAAAGAGCGCGAUAUUAAGUAAGCUUCAGAAAUACAUAAACAAUCCUGAUUUUGUGCCAGAAAAGGUAGAGAAAGUGUCAAAGGCAUGCAAGUCUAUGUGCAUGUGGGUGAGAGCUAUGGAUUUAUACUCUCGCGUUGUAAAGGUGGUCGAGCCAAAAAGGCAAAAGUUACAUGCUGCCCAGGCAGAACUUGAUGCAACUUUAGCUACCCUUCGUGAUAAGCAAAAAAAACUGAGACAGGUAGAGGAACAAAUACAGGAAUUACAAGAUCAAUAUGAAAGAAGUGUGAAUGAAAAAGAAACCCUUGCAAAGACCAUGGCACUGACUCAGGCUCGUCUCAACCGCGCUGGAAGACUUACAGCUGCAUUAGGGGAUGAACAGGUUCGAUGGGAAGAAAGUAUUUUGAAUUUUGAGGCAGAGAUUUCAAAUAUCACUGGAAAUGUAUUCAUAGCUGCUGCUUGUGUAGCCUACUAUGGGGCUUUUACUGCACAUUAUAGGCAAUUGUUAAUUGAAUGCUGGAUCAAACAAUGCCAAGAUCUAGACAUUCCUAUUAGUUCUGACUUCAGUCUUAUAAAUAUUUUGGGAGAUCCCUAUGAAAUUCGACAGUGGAAUACUGACGGAUUACCUCGCGAUUAUGUUUCAACUGAAAAUGGCAUUCUAGUUACACGUGGACGGCGCUGGCCACUCAUGAUUGAUCCUCAGGAUCAGGCAAACCGUUGGAUAAGAAACAAAGAAGCAAAAUGUGGUUUAAAAAUAAUUAAGCUCACAGACACUGGUUUCCUACGUACACUGGAGAAUGCUAUUCGUCUGGGUUUACCUGUGCUUCUAGAAGAGAUUAAAGAAACGCUUGACCCAGCCCUGGAACCUAUUCUUUUGAAACAGACUUUUGUUUCUGGAGGAAGACUGUUAAUUCGCCUUGGAGAUUCAGACAUAGAUUAUGAUAGAAACUUCAAGUUCUACAUGACAACAAAAAUGCCAAAUCCCCACUAUUUACCUGAGGUGUGCAUCAAAGUAACUAUAAUAAAUUUUACUGUUACCCGAUCUGGUCUGGAAGAUCAACUGCUAAGUGAUGUCGUGCGAUUAGAGAGACCAGAGCUAGAGGAGCAAAGAACACAACUCAUUGUAAGAAUCAAUGCUGAUAAGAAUCAACUGAAAGCAAUUGAAGAUAAAAUUCUAAAAAUGCUUUUUACAUCAGAAGGGAAUAUUCUGGACAAUGAAGAACUCAUCAAUACACUUCAAGACUCAAAGAUUACCUCUGGUGCCAUUAAAAUAAGGCUUGUAGAAGCAGAAACUACAGAAGAAAAGAUAAAUGCUGCUCGAGAAAAAUAUCGCCCCGUUGCUACUCGAGGAUCAGUUAUGUAUUUUGUAAUUGCAAGUCUUUCCGAUAUUGAUCCAAUGUAUCAGUUUUCUUUAAAAUAUUUCAAACAGCUAUUUAAUGCAACAAUUGAAACUUCUGAAAAAAAUGAUCUUCUGCAAUUGCGAUUAGGAAUCCUACUUAGUCAGACUCUCUAUGCAACUUACACUAAUGUUUCCCGAGGCCUCUUUGAACAGCACAAACUCAUCUACAGCUUCAUGCUGUGCAUUGAAAUCAUGCGGCAGAAAGAAGAACUUACAGACCUUGAAUGGAAUUUUUUCCUGCGUGGAGCUGCUGGUUUGGAUAAGGAGAGGCCUGCCAAACCUCAGAUUCCAUGGCUGGAAGAAAAUACGUGGUUUAUGUGCUGUGACUUAGAAGAAACACUUCCAAGUUUUGAGGGCAUUCAAAAAGACAUAUUGCUCAAGCCCAUUUUCAUUAAACUAGGGCAACUUGAUAUUCGUAUCAAUCCAGAAGAGUGGGAAGGCUAUAAGGCUGAAGCUGAUGAAAAGAAAAAAAAAGAUGACAAGCCAUACAUUCCCUGGGAUUUUAGGCUGACCAUGUUUCAGAAAUUAAUUAUAGUGAAAUGUUUUGUGGAAGAGAAGAUCGUGUCAGCACUUACCGAGUUUGUGAUGGAGAACCUUGGGAAGCAAUUCAUUGAGAAUCCUCCAGUUGAUCUGGCAACUCUUUACCAAGAUAUGUCUCCUGCCACACCGCUGGUGUUCAUCUUAAGUACAGGCUCCGACCCCAUGGGGGCUUUCCAAAGAUUUGCAAAAGAACGAGAUUAUUCAGAACGAGUGCAAUCAAUCUCAUUAGGACAAGGACAAGGACCUAUUGCUGAAAGAAUGAUUAAGGAUGCACUGAGAACAGGAAAUUGGGUAUUUCUUCAGAAUUGCCAUUUAGCUGUGUCAUGGAUGUUACCAAUGGAAGAGCUCAUUAAAACAUUUACAGAGCCAGGUGCCACUAUCCAUGAAAACUUUCGACUCUAUUUGAGUUCCAUGCCAUGUACUACUUUCCCUGUUACUGUCCUUCAGAAUUCUGUCAAGGUAACAAACGAACCCCCUAAAGGUCUACGAGCAAACAUCAGAAGAGCCUUCACAGAAAUGACUCCCACGUUUUUUGAGGAAAAUAUAUUGGGCAAAAUCUGGAGAAAAAUCAUUUUUGGUAUUUGCUUUUUUCAUGCAAUUAUUCAGGAAAGGAAAAAAUUUGGACCCCUUGGUUGGAACAUAUGUUAUGAAUUUAAUGACAGUGACAGAGAAUGUGCCUUAUUAAACCUCAAUCUUUAUUGCCAAGAAGGAAAAAUACCCUGGGAUGCUCUCACAUAUAUAACAGGGGAGAUUACAUAUGGAGGACGAGUUACAGAUGCUUGGGAUCAAAGGUGUCUUCGCACAAUCCUAAAGAGGUUUUUUUCUCCUGAAACUUUAGAGGAAGAGUAUAAAUAUUCUGAAUCAGGAAUAUAUUUUGCCCCUGUGGCUGACAGUUUGCAAAACUUCAAGGAAUAUAUUGAAAACCUUCCUUUGAUUGAUGACCCAGAAAUAUUUGGAAUGCAUGAAAAUGCCAAUUUAGCAUUCCAGCGAAAGGAAACUAAUACUCUGAUUACUACAAUACUUGAUGUACAGCCACGAACAACAGCCCAGGGAUCAGGAAAAAGCAAUGAUGAGAUUGUGCAUGAACUUGCUAGUUCAAUCCUUGCUAAAAUUCCUGAUAAGAUGGACAUGGAUCUUGCUGCAGAGAUACUUUUUGUGAAGGAUAGCAAAGGUCGAACAGAUUCUUUAACUACGGUUCUUGGGCAAGAAGUAGAUCGUUUUAAUGGUCUUCUCAGUCUGCUAAGGAACUCUCUACAAACACUCAACAAAGCCAUUGCAGGGUUUGUAGUAAUGUCCGAAGAAAUGGAGAGAGUGUACCACAGCUUUCUUAAUAAUCAGGUUCCAGGCCUCUGGGCCAACGCCGCAUAUCCAUCUCUGAAACCUUUGGGGGGCUGGGUGAAAGACCUUGUACUCAGGACAAGCUUCAUAGAUUUCUGGCUCAAAAGAGGUCAACCUAAAUCAUUUUGGAUUUCUGGUUUCUUUUUUCCACAAGGAUUUUUGACUGGAACUCUUCAGAAUCAUGCUCGGAAAUAUAACCUACCAAUUGAUGAGCUUAGUUUUAGUUACAACGUCAUUCCUGUCUAUAGAGACCAAACACAAGUAUCAGAAGCUUCGAAAUUGUGCCACUUUGGCAAUGAAUUACCAAUGGAUGAAAAGUUGCCUUCUCCUGAGGAUGGGGUGCUGGUUCAUGGCAUGUUUAUGGAUGCCAGUCGCUGGGAUGAUGAUGAAAUGGUUAUAGAAGAUGCGUUACCUCGACAAAUGAACCCAAUGCUUCCAGUAAUUCAUUUUGAGCCCCAUCAAAAUUAUGAGCCCCACCCCUCACUGUAUCAUGCGCCCCUCUACAAAACUGGAGCUAGAGCAGGAACUCUGUCCACCACGGGUCAUUCUACCAAUUUUGUGGUUACCGUCUUGCUUCCUUCAAAAAGGCCAACCGACUAUUGGAUAUCCAAAGGAUCUGCAUUACUUUGCCAGUUAAAUGAAUAA